AUGGACCCUACCAACCUCUUUGACACGCAGUUCGUCGUCAGCCAGAUCGAUCCAGAUGGCAAGAAGUUCGACAGAGUCUCGCGUAUCAUCGCAUCAUCUCCAUCACUCGACAUGACGCUCUCGAUCGACAUUGCAACCGACGUAUGGCCCGUAACAGAAGGCCAACAACUCACUUUCCAACUCGCGUCCACCCUGAAAAAGGAGAGCGCCUCCACCAAAGCCGAUGCCGUCGACGGGGACGCACAAGACGCAGCAACGCAGGCGGCAGAACGCGAUGCGUGGAGGCUCGAUCAGCCUGGCAACGGCGGCAUCGCAGACGACUUUGACUAUGUCAUGUACGGCAAGAUCUACAGGUACGACGAGAAGGUGUCGGACGAGGUGACCGUGUACGGCUCAUUUGGCGGGUUGAUGAUGGCGUUGACGGGCAACUUUCGCCAUAUGAGCAACAUCACUAUCGGCUCCAAUGUGUACCUGCUCAUGCGCUGA